UAUUUUGACAGUUCGACAGCCCUAAUCAGCAACUGCCCUAAUCAACGACAAAUCAAUAGUCAAAUGUUUACAAAAAUUCCAGUUCGCUGAAAUGCGACUCGUGUAGACCCAUUAUGUCCGGUCACAGUCUAAGUGCAAUUCUCCUGCUCCUGGGGGCCUUGAUAGCGGGAUGUAACGCUUCCAACGGCGACCGCACGCAGUUUUUUCACAAUUGCCGGCAGAACUGCGAACGGACAAAUUGUUCCGCAGAUGGCUUGGAAAUACAGGAGCAGGCGGUCAAGUUUUACAGACAGUCCGUUUUCGACCGGCUUUUCCAGUGGAGCUGCGCUGAUGAGUGCCAGUACGGGUGCAUGUGGCGCACUGUUUUCGCCUUCUUUGAGCGGGGCUGGCCCAUCCCGCAAUUUUAUGGCAAAUGGCCAUUCCUUCGCCUGAUGGGAAUGCAGGAGCCAGCUUCGGUGUUGUUUUCGGCGCUCAAUUUCGCGGUUCACGUUCGCAUGCUGCGCAAAUUCCGCCGAGAAGUGCGUCCAGACAGCCCUUGCUACAUGCUGGCACAUAUUUUCGGAGUGACAAACCUCAAUGGAUGGAUAUGGUCGGCCACCUUCCACACGCGAGAUUAUCCACUGACAGAGUUGCUAGACUAUGCCUUUGCCUAUUCUAUUAUUCUGUGCUCGCUGUAUGUCCUGGUGAUGCGAAUGCUUCACCGACACUCCCUGUUCCUGCGUGGCGUCAUCACACUGGCCUUUAUCUCCUACUACAUCAACUACUUCGCCUACCUAAGCGUGGGGAAGUUCAACUACUCAUUCAACAUGAUGGUCAAUAUAGCCACCGGUUCUGUGGGAGCACUCGGCUGGUUCGUCUGGUGUCAUUUGGUCCGAAAUAGAAGGCCGUAUUUCCGGCGAAUUCUACGUUUCUACGUGCUGUUUGCCAUGGCCAUGUGCCUGGAACUGUUGGACUUCCCACCCAUACUGUGGACUCUUGACGCGCACGCACUGUGGCACCUGGCGACUGUGCCGCUGGUUCCUCUUUACUAUGAAUUUAUGAUCGAGGACUGUCGGACUCUGCGAAAGGAAAAGGCCGUGGCUGGCGGUUAUUCGUUCUACAAUUAGUAUUAGUAACGACUUGGCUUUGUUUACAAACAGUAAAGUAACUUUAUUACAAAUUUCAAUACUCUGA